AUGCAGGAAGUGGCCGCGGGCUACCAGGCACUAUUCACCUGCUCUGCGCAUUUUGUUGCCCAGCGCGAGCUGGCAGAUAUCAUCGACGUAGAACUGGCAGAUAUGGCUGAGUUUGAUUUACCUCCGCCUGAAAUCGACCAGCAGAGGCAGCUUGUCCGUGCGCGUGAUGGCAAAGGCUUCACCGCCAUUGCUGCCUACCGUCCCAGUGUCGGCUGCACACUUCUACCGCCCACCUGGACCGAAGCUGAUGUUGGGCGGCUGCCUUACAUCAGCUUGCCAGCCGCGCCGUCUCUGGAUUCAGUGGCGUUCCCGUCAGGUGACAAAGCUGACGUGAAACCAGAUCGACAGGCGCGCGCGCUCCUGAACCAGGCUUUUGACAGGCAGACCUUUGGUGAAGACACCGUGACCGUAGGCAUUGCCAUUGUGCAUAAAGGCAAGCUGGUGGCAGAACAAUACCGCAAAGGCUUUGGCAUCCACAGUGGGUAUCGCACGUGGUCUACAGCAAAAAGUAUCUCCGCUACUUUGAUGGGUAUUGCCGCCAAAGACGGUCUCAUUGAUAUCAAUGCGCCGGCCAAUAUUCCGGAAUGGCGUUUUUUCAACGAUCCACGUCAAGCCAUCACUUACGAACACCUGUUACAUAUGUCGUCCGGCCUGUAUAGCCAGGGUGCAAACACCAACGCCAUGUAUUUUGCUGGCCAGGACGUGAUCAGCGCCGCAACCACAACCCAUCUUGAAGCCGAGCCGAAUACCCGUUGGAAGUACGCUAACAAUGACACUUUGCUGCUGCUGCGCGGCUUGCGUGCCACGCUGGACGAUGAUCUGGCAUAUUUGCGCUACCCCUACGACAAAUUGUUUCACCGCAUAGGCAUGUAUCACACGCGCAUGGAAAUGGAUCACCAGGGAAACUUUAUCGGCUCCAGCCAGGUCUAUACCACCGCACGGGACCUGGCUCGAUUUGGCCUUCUGUAUUUAAAUAAAGGCAUCUGGGAAGGUCAGCAGAUAUUACCUGUUGGCUGGACAGACUAUGCGGCAAAGGCAGCCCCUGCACUGCCCAGAAGCCCGGGCAAGCGAGGUUACGGCGCGCAGUUCUGGCUGCUGGACAGUCUGCCUGGUGUCCCAGCCGGCACCUACACCUCGGCGGGAAACAAAGGGCAAUUUGUAACCAUCAUCCCAAGCCAGGAAAUGGUCAUCGUGCGCACAGGUGUCGAUCCGAACGGCAAGACCUGGGCGUUAGAUAAGUUUGUAAACGCAGCCAUCGAGGUGUUCGGGGAAGAAUAA